AUGCAUUCUCCACCGGAAGUGUUUCAACAUCGGUAUGAAAGUGAGGUAGUGACAGAACUUGUACCAGAUCGCAUUUUACAGUUCAUCGGCGUUCGUUUGGUUCUUGUUCUAGCAAUCGCUGCCAAGUUAAAUGAACUAGUCGUGGGAAAUAUCAGCUGUCAUCCGGUCAAAAACGAAACUGAAUAUUCCUCAGAUUUCAUCGAGUAUUGUGAAACUUAUUGUUGGGAAUCACCAGUGAUAAAAGAUGUCGAUGAUAAUACCAUCCAGAACUUGUGCAAUGUCGAAUUUAACGAGGCAAACGGUGGAAAGCUCCUGCAACAACCAAAAAGAGCAAUAAAUGUGAUGAUAUGGAUGCCCUAUGUAAUGAUUUUUCAGGCGUUUUUGCUAUCUCUUCCUUCUGCGUGGUGGAACCUGCGAGUUCGGGUACCAUUGAUGAAGCAUUUGAAAUUUAUGAAACUAUUUAUCAAACAAAUUUAUGAGAAAGUCAAAGAUGUUCCUGCAGGAAUAUACGAUGAGAGUGAAUACUACGAUGGUAGCUUACAUGUUAGCGGUUGUAAACAACGUUCACCACAUCUAAACGGCGAAGUAGUUAACAAUGAUACCCCGGGUAUAAGGAAUGACCUCGAUAAAGCAGUUGAGAAAGCCAGAGGACAAACGGUAGACAUGGAAAUUCACCGGAACGACCAUGAUCUUGAAGAUCCCAAAAAAGAAAACAACGAAAUCAAGAAAUACGGCACAUGGAAUUACACAGAGUGAUGAAUCCAAAAUGCUUGACAGACACUUAUUUUCAAUGCUGUGUUACGAGAAUUUUUCUUCUUUGGAAUGUUACCCAUACCUACUGUCUAUAUCCCAACUGACUUUCAUAAAACACUUUGAAGACCAGGGUAUCCCAUGGAAGAUGCAAUAUUGCACCAGUGGUGUCACAAAGAAAAUUUCAGCAGUCGAUUUCUGGUUAUCAGAUACUACUUGAAACACGUAUUUGCAAUAAUCAUAUCGCUAACGAUAAUUAGAGGAAUAGCUUUUGUUUUUGAAAUUUUGGGAUCUGACAUAUGGGAAUCAGAAAGCUUUCUGUGCAAUGUCUUAUAUUAUGAAAACGAAUACAUUGUCUGCACUCUUCACAGAAAGACCGAAAUGUUGGCGUUUCUUGUUAUCAAUUUCAUAAAUAUUGUUAUAUAUCUGAUUAUUUCUUCGAGCCACCUAUAUUCUACUUCAAAGAGUCGUCAUCGACAAGCGUGCGUGUUUUUGGAACAUAUCCAAAAUCUGGGAAGCAUAUCGAUGAUGGCAGCACUGCGUGAAAUGCAAGACAAAAAGUAAAAUAAGACAAGAAUUUGAUAUAAUGUUAUAAACCAAAACCUCGUGUAAUUAUAUUAAUAUUUGAACACUUCAAAAUCGGAUAUGAAUGGUCUGAAGAAUCAGAUAUUUGUCGGCUCAACGUUCUGUUUGAAUUUCGACAUUUCUUCAGUCGCUAUCGUUUCUAAUGUUGCUCGCAUUCAUGAUAGA